AUGACACACACACGACCCGUGUUUUCCGCCGCCCAAGCCCUCCGGUCUGCGUUCCUUCCGCGUAUUCAGACCCACGCGCGACGCCCAGUUACAGGGUCCCUAAACGUACACAAGUUAAAGAGAUUAAAUCAUUCAGAACGUCAGCCUCUGCAGCAUCCCCCGCGAGACGAGGCCAUUCGGCAUCAGCGAGUACACAUUGUGGAGGAGGAUGGAUCGAUAGGCCCGGCAAUACCGCUCCGACAAGUACUCGGCAGAUUCGAUCGCACAGAGUACUCUCUCGUUGAGUUGAUAUCGCCAUCCGAGAAUUAUGGCUCUAUUUGUAAAAUCAUGAGCAAACGGACAUUGCGCGAGCAAGAAUAUGCCAGAAGCCGAACGUCCAAGCCCAAGCCCGCGAAGCAAAUUGAGUUGAAUUGGGCGAUUGAUCCCAAUGAUCUUGAAAACCGGCUGAAUCAGAUGGAGUCGUUCAUUGCCAAGGGGAAGAAGGUGGAAUUGAUAUUGACUUCAAAAGCUCGGAAGAGAAAGGCUACAGAACCCGAAGCGCAAAAGACGUUGGCAGCAGUGAAAGAGAAAAUACAGGAAAUUGGAGCUAUUCAGAGCAAGAAAAUGCAGGGACGACUGUUAGGCCAUGUCCAGUUCUUCUUGGAAGGGAAGAAGUAG